UAAAAUCAAUUGGUGAAGAUAAUGACGAUUCCCAAGCAAUAAAAAUUAGUGAAAUCAUGGCCAUUUUAAAUGAGCCAUCUUCAGAUAACGAGGAGGAUCAAGCUGUAUUAAAUGCAACAGAUGUCGAUGUCGUAUACAUUCCGCCACCUCAUGUGGAGUGUAUGACAGAUGAAGAUCUGGACGAUGACCGGAUUAAUCUGAAUGACAACAAUGAUGAUUUUUUAAAUGAAAUCGCUGGUCAUGUUGAACUACAAUACUCAUUGGAAGGAGAAAACAUUCAGGAUGUAGUUAAUGAACUCAGUGAAACUGAAAAUCCAUCAACAUCUAAUGCACAUGGAAAUGUUAUGAUAACUGGCGGAUUUAAAAGGAAAUCUGAUUUUGCUGUCCCCGUAUGGCGAAAACCCAGAAAUUUUGAAUACAACCGAACGCCAAUUAACAUCGAAGCUUUCAAAAUGGAAGAAAUUUUUUCUGAAAUUGGCUCUAAAUUUCCGUAUGAUAUUUUCUCGUUGUAUUUUGAUAAAUUAAUAAUUGCAGAGAUAACGCAUUUCACAAACGAAUAUGCGAAUCAACACAAUGCUGUCAUUAACGUCACACCAGUGGAAAUACGUAUGUUCAUUGGUAUUUUUUACAUUUCGGGGUAUCACACUGUAUAAAUGAGCAUCCUCCCCCGGAAAUCCACACAUACACCACACUAUCACACCACAUCAACUCAGCACACUCACUUCGCUUUCGAUCUCAGCAGCAACCAGUACGCGUGUGCGAACAUCUUUGAACGGCGUUUUUACCAUCCUCCAGUUUCAUAAUUUUUC